UGCGCAUGCGCUGUUCGCCAUAUUGCGCAGCAGGGUGUGAGAUGGUGCGUCGAGACCAUCGCGGCUACAUUGUUUAUUUUCGUUCCGCGCGGUGACUGUUUUUGCCCUUCUGUUAAUAAAAUAUUGUGCCAAAUCACGUCAAACAGAGUUCUCGCUCAAAUGAAGAAGUCUUGCCGUCUGUCGUCGCUUUAAAUCGUUGUAGAUUUCAGCGGAGCGCGUUAGUCCGGCUGAAGUGUGUUCCGCGCGGUAGCCGCUAGCAAGAUUCACAUCAAAACCACCAAAACCGGACAGAUAAAGACAGGUUCCUUUUCAGGAGACAAAACAGGGGGCGUUUGGAUGGACCCUUCACUGGCGCAGGUGUAUUGCUGAAACAAGUUUGAGACGGCACACGGGAGCCUCUCGGAGGCCGAUAACCAGCGCAGGAUGUCCAUCACAAACACGCCCACCAGUAACGACGCCUGUCUGAGCAUCGUGCACAGUCUGAUGUGUCACAGGCAGGGCGGCGAAAGUGAGACGUUUGCUAAACGAGCCAUUGAGAGUCUGGUGAAGAAACUGAAGGAGAAGAAGGACGAGCUUGAUUCGCUCAUCACCGCCAUCACCACCAACGGAGCUCAUCCCAGCAAAUGUGUGACCAUACAGAGAACACUAGACGGCCGGCUGCAGGUGGCUGGUCGUAAAGGAUUCCCACAUGUCAUUUAUGCACGGUUAUGGCGAUGGCCGGACCUUCAUAAGAACGAAUUGAAACAUGUGAAGUACUGCCAGUUUGCCUUUGACCUGAAAUGUGACAGCGUGUGCGUGAACCCCUACCAUUACGAGAGAGUCGUGUCUCCAGGAAUAGAUUUAUCUGGACUCACACUGUCAGGCUCUGGUCCGUCGGGUCUGAUGGUGAAGGAUGAGUAUGAUUAUGAUGGCCAGCAGUCUCUGCCCAGCACUGAGGGACACAUGCAGACGAUUCAACACCCUCCCUCCAGACCAGUGGCCCAGGAGCCCUUCAACACGCCCGCCAUGCUCCCGCCAGCAGAGGGCAGCAGCUCGGCCUCCACCUCGGCCUUCUCCAGCAUCGCGGUGGGAUCCACAACUCAGCCCAAUAGCGUUCUCUCAGGAAGCCAUAGCAGUGAGGGUUUGCUGCAGAUUGCCUCUGGGACGGGGCAGGGCUCACAGCAGAAUGGCUUCCCCCCCGGCCAGCCCUCCACGUACCAUCACAAUGCCACUUCCACCUGGACGAGGAACAGUAACUUCACCCCCACUGUGCCUCAUCAUCAGAACGGCCAUCUUCAGCAUCAUCCGCCUAUGGCUCAUCCAGCGCACUACUGGCCAGUUCACAACGAAAUCGCGUUUCAGCCACCGAUAUCCAACCACCCUGCUCCUGAGUACUGGUGCUCCAUCGCUUAUUUCGAGAUGGACGUUCAAGUGGGCGAGACCUUUAAAGUUCCCUCCUCCUGUCCCAUCGUGACCGUGGACGGAUACGUGGACCCGUCCGGAGGAGAUCGCUUCUGCCUCGGCCAGCUCAGCAACGUCCACAGAACGGAGGCCAUCGAGAGGGCGAGACUGCACAUCGGGAAGGGCGUCCAGCUGGAAUGUAAAGGAGAGGGGGAUGUUUGGGUUCGCUGUCUUAGCGAUCACGCCGUCUUCGUCCAGAGCUACUACUUGGACCGAGAGGCCGGCCGCGCUCCUGGAGACGCUGUGCACAAGAUUUACCCCAGUGCAUACAUCAAGGUGUUUGAUCUGCGUCAGUGUCACAGGCAGAUGCAGCAGCAGGCGGCGACGGCACAGGCGGCGGCGGCCGCUCAAGCAGCAGCGGUGGCGGGAAACAUCCCCCGGCCCCGGAUCCGUGGGAGGAAUCGCACCUGCUAUCAGUUUAUCAGCGGCCGCUGGAAUCGGUGUGGACGACCUCCGUCGGCUCUGCAUCCUGCGCAUGAGUUUCGUGAAGGGCUGGGGUCCCGAUUACCCGCGGCAGAGCAUCAAAGAGACGCCCUGCUGGAUCGAGAUCCACCUGCACCGCGCACUGCAGCUGCUGGACGAGGUUCUGCACACCAUGCCCAUCGCCGACCCCACGCCGCUGGACUGAGGUCGCCCGCGCACGCCGGACCGACGGCAACCACACAAACCCAGUACCGCCGAACUGUGCGAAUGAUGCAGAGAGACCAACGGGGUUCAGAGGCUGCGUUUACUUCAUUUGCGUCUUUUGUUUUUGCCCGUGUUGCUUUUGUUCAGAUUACAUUCAGAGCUUGAAGUGCACAGGACCCAGUGUUAUAGUAACCAGUAUCUGAUCAUCUAAAGCUUCAGAAGUGUUUUGCAUGAAGAUGAUGUGCGGUUGCCAGCUCUGCAAAGGUGCAUGCUGGGAUUCAGUCAAGAGCUGUUUAAAUGAAUUCGUUCCCAGACAUUUGCUUCAUGCUGUUGCAGUAGAGUUUCCAUCAUGUCUAAACAAUGUCAUUUUCAAUCAGACUCGUCUUUUUUUUUCCCACUUUGUUUUGCUCGUCAUCUCUUAAUGCAAACCAGAGUCUCUCAGCCUGAACAUUUCAAAGCCGUGCGCAGUGGUCUGGAAGUACAUCGGCUGAUGUUUACCUGAAAAUCAUGUAGCAUUUCCUUUUUUUGAGUUGCAGUGUUUGGGUUUAAGUGGUUUGGACUCGCAUUCAUAUUAGCAUGUACAGAAGACAUGCAUUUUCUUUUGAGCUUCUCACUAGCAGCUAAUUGGCUUGUUGACUUCUCUUUUUUUUUUGGCAAGUUCCUUGCCACCUACUGUUAACCAUCAUAGACGUGUAACGGUUAGUCUAAACUCAUACGUGCACGAGCAAUAACAUCCGGUUUCUUCUGAAUGCUUUUUUUUUUUUUCUUUUAGCCAUGUAUUUGUUCUAGCACUUUAUGUCUGUUUCUUUUUCUUUCCAUCUUUCAGUUUCUCUUCUUUGCAGCCUGUGAAUAAAAAUGCAGCUCUUUUACAGAAAAAAACGAAUUGGAUUCAGUACUAGGAUGUUUGGUUUACAGGAAAAGUUCCGACAAAACAUGAAAAUGUGCUCAACCUCAGGCCAUCUGAGAUUAGGAUGAGUUUGUUUCUUCAUCAGAUUUGUAGAAAUGUGUCAUUCCAUCACUUGCUCACCAAUGGAAGUGAAUGGGUGCCGUCAGAAUGGGAGUCCAAACAGCUGAUAAAAACAUCACAAGUAAUCCACACGACUCUGGUCCAUCAGUUGAUCUGUGCAGAUUUCUCUCCUGAUUCAGACCAGACCACUUUUUCGCUGGAGGAAGUGUUAUUGUGGACUUAAAGUUAAAAUGUCUUAAUGAUGGAUUUGUUUGAGCUUUUUUCUUCUCAAGAUGUUAACUGAUGGACUGGAGUGGUGUGGAUUGUGAUGUUUUCAUCAGCUGUUUGGACUCUCAUUCUGACGGCACCCAUUCACAUCCAUUGGUGAAGAAAAUCUGAUGAAGAAACAAACUCAUCUGUAUCUCGGAUGGGCUUUGAGAGCGCAUUUUAAUUUUCGGGUGAACUGUUCCUUUAAUGCAUUAGUGGUUUAAUGCAGUUUUACCGGUCAAAGGUCACAAGGGCUCCAUUUGAUUUUUCUCUAAAGAUCCUUUCAUGGGAAACUGAUGAAUUAACACUUUUAUACCAUUAAUCUCUCUGUUUUUUAGAGCGCACAUCAUGUUCCCCUGAUGCCUGAGAAUAUCAGUUAUUCAUAUAAUAAAUGGCGGUCGUGUGUGGAUAUGAGAUGAACUGGAACGGUGUGUUUUGAUGUGAACAUUGAAAGCCAUAUGAAAUGAACAUUAUGGGAAAAAUAAGAUGUCAGUAUUACCCAGAGCUUGUGUUUUCUCUAUAAAAUGACAGACUUACUCUUGAGAUGUCGUACAGCGGCAAUUUAGACAAUCAUGUCAGCCUUGCAUGUCUUGGAGUAAGAUUAGAUGACAGAUCAAUACGUUCUCUUGAGCCUGAUUUCAUAUUCUGUUUGAAAAGAAACAGGAAAGUUCUGAACAAGAAAGAGAGCGCUUGUGAGAGCAUCUCCUCAAAUAACUCAUACUUUUAGCAAUUUAUCAAAUACAGUAUAAUAUGAAAUUGA